AUGUGCUCCCGCGGGUCCUGCCACGACUAUAGCUCUUCCUGCCACGGAUCCAGCUCUUCCUGCCAUGGAUCCCGCUCCUCCUGCCACGACUCCAGACCCUCCUGCCAUUACACCAUCCAGAGGCAGCCCGUGCAGAAGUACAGCUACGUGACACCCUGCUGCCCCCCCGUGCAGCAGUAUUGCCCCCCUGUGCAGCGUUACUGCCCCCCUGUGCAGCGUUACUGCCCCCCCGUGCAGCCCUGUUGCCCCCAGGUGCCCUACUGCCCCCAGUACACCAAGAACAUCUGCAACCUGCCACCAAAAUGCCCCAAGUACUAGAAGCAGGAUCCGAACUCCAUCACCUGGACCCACCGGCUCGCUCCUCUCGUGGACGCCGUGUCCAUGGAUCGUCUCAUCCUUGCUGAAUCCCUGGGUCUCUGCCAUGUGUCUCACCGCUGGCCUGGGUGAAGCAUUCCCCUAAUUAUCAUCCAAGGUGUCAUUCUUUCUAAUUAUUCAGGAAAUGUGCUUUUUAAUUAUUCAGCGUAUAAUUACUGUUGGAAAUCUUUCUGUGCCGUGCACUUCUUUUUUCAGACUCAUCUGGGUGUGGGAAACAAUAAAUCUUAAAUUUCAU